CUCUUUCGGCUACACCCACCCCAAACCCUCAACUUACCCUGCUCAAAUUAGGUCAUCCGUCCCAAUAUCGCUUCUGCGUAUUGCGCUUUUAUUGAUUGCCUCUGAUACCGCGUUCCUCCUCUGCUUUUUCUGGCAAAUUGCUCUCGGUCUGCUCAGCGCACUCGUCGUAAGAUCAGCGCCGUGGCGUGAUAUUCUUGACUCUGAACACUGCGCGCGUUCCAGAUGACCGCGCGCGCAGCAACAUCCUCGGAAUGGACAUAACAGACUUCGCCUCCUCUAUCUCUCCCGUGCAUCUUGACGAUCCGGCUCUCUCUGUUGCCGCGUCCCAUCUCGGGCUAACCUCGACCCUUUCGCCCCUGCCAAGUUCAGACGAGGCUCAUGACAUUAUCCACCACCACCCCCACCAUCAUCACCACAGAAUACCCGUGCACCCGCACAACCUGCACUCGCAUGUGAUAGACCACCAGCUGCAGCAGCUACAGGAGCGGCAGGAGCAGGCGGAAAUCGAAAGCUCUAGUCAUGAAUCGCUGCCGCAGCAACUUCGGCAUCAGACCGACGCCACUCAGACGUCUCAGGACGAUCAGCAGCAGCACGCACACGCACAGCAGACACAGCAGACCCAGCAUGAACAAGCAGUCCAGAAGCAAACACAACAGUCACAGUCACAACCACAACCACAGCAACAGCAACAGCGGCAGCAGCAGCGGCAGCAGCAAGACGAAUCAGACUCAGCCGAGCCAGCCGACGUUGAUUUCUCCGCCCUCGCCGCCUCGCUUCUGGUAGCGCCCGACGAAAAACUCGAUCUCACACAGACCUUUCCGUCUAAGGACGCUCUCCUCCUCCAUCUGAACCGCUACGCCACCGUCGCCGGCUUUCGACUCUCGCGCACGUCUUCCAGGCCAGAGCAUAUCCGCAUCCAAUGCUGGAAACGCGCAAAGACGUCAAAGUACACGCGCAAGGACGACGACAACCGGAAACGCCGGGCGAGCUACGGCACUACGCGGUCGACGGACUGUCCGUUUUUCUUGAACUGCUGGCAUCACAAGAAAUCAGGCUGCUGGUACAUCAAGUCGUCCAACAUCCUGCACAACCACGAGUUCUCGCAAGACCUCAUCUCGCAAAAGAGUCUCACCAACGAAGAGAAAAAUCUGCUCAAAGACCUGAGUUACGCGGGCCCGGAUCUGUCGAGGAAUAUACCAGUCAAGAUCAUAAACGCGAAAAGAAGAGAACGAGGGGUGCCGGAUGUGGAUCCGAAGCUGGUGUCGAACGCGCUGGCGAAGUUUAGGCAGGCGAGAGAGGAUAGUGAGAAGCUGGCUGAUAUGGAUGAACAGGACCAGGAUCAAGAGACGGACUAGUGGUUUGUUUGAGUGGUGCUUACGUGUGAACGAUUUAUGAUCUUGCUGAACUGUUUAAGGCUCUUGCUCGGUUUUUUUGGUGUUGUUUGGUUUACUGAUAAAUGAUAUUUGCAAGGACACUAUUGCGACUGUAGAGUAACAUGUCUCUAUUACAUGCGUUAUUUCCCCA